AUGUCAACUUCAACCCCUUCCACAAAAAUCAUUGCUAUAGAAGAAACCCCUCUCACAGUACCAGAAGAAGUAGUCGAAAGUAUUCCUAUUAGUAACAAUAAUACUGAAAGUACGUCUGGCCUUUCCUCGGCAACUUUUGAUAAUUCUAUCCCAAUUACUAAUACUUUCAAUAAUCUUACACUGCUCAAUACACCUGUUUUACCUAGUAAAAAUAAUGAACACAGUUAUGCUACAAAUAAUCUUCAAAGAUCAAACGAUCUUUUCACCCUCGCUUAUAUGAAUAUCAAAGAUGCAGUGAGUUUAAUUCCUAUUUUCAAUGGAGAAAAUAUGCCGGUAAAUAGUUUCAUUGAACUUUGCAAACAAACGGUAAAUUUGAUACAUCCAUCUGGUAAAUUGUAUUUGACUCAAUUAAUAAAGUCCCGCAUUCAAGGCAAAGCUAGUAGAUAUGUUUCGACGCCAAGGCGCACAUUGUCUCAGUGGCAAUCACUUCUUUCUAAUAUCCAUCAAAAUGAAGGCGAAUCUAUUGUAGAUUUUGCAACUAGAAUCAAAGAAAUCGUCCAAGGUACUUCUGAAGUAAUUAUUGACAAACAUUCGGGAGAAAUAAGAACCGGGUUAUUAGCGAGCACACGAGAAGGAGCGCGGGACAGUUUUGUACGCGGUUUAAGAGGACAGUUAGGGCUUUGGGUAGCGAGUCAAAAACCUUUAACUUUAUUACAAGCGAUCGAUUUAGCUUUAGAAUUAGAAAAGGAACUGGAACAGAGGGAUUCACUUUUCAAUACUCGGGCUCAUAAUAUGGGAACUAAUGAUACAUCAGGUUACAUUAAUUUCACGGGCGGUUACCAAGGAGGAAAGAGAAAUAAUAAUCAUCACAAGCCAGGUCAAGGCUCAAGUUUUAAAAAUCAUCCUGCAGUUGCUGCCGUACACGUGGCUCAGACAUACAAUGACGAAAAUUUUCAUAAAUUUAACCGGAAAUCUAAGAUUUGCUACCGAUGUGGAGGUCAAGGACACAUUAAGUCGGAAUGUAGAGCUUCAAAUUUGUUUUGUACAGCUUGCGGUAGAAGGAAUCACGUAGCUUCUGUUUGUAGACGAAAACAUACUAUGGGUGUAACAAAUAAUUCUAACUCCAAACCAAGCCGCUAUUACUGA